GAAUGCACACCGGGAGGGUGUCUCUCGUCGUGGGACAGUCGGCCAGUCACGCCACGGCUACUGCAGAGACAGACGACAGCGAAACGGACACAGAACUUGGACAGUUCAUUCCCAGAGACCCGGAGACGACGGCGGCCCUGGCGCGGGCACUCACGGACUCCGAGAUGUCUGAGGAUGAAGCUUCCUCGCUGGCUCAGUUCUCACGGGCGGGGACACCCAGUAUAGCUGAAGACAACCACACAGACAACGAGGGGAUGUUUAUGGAGGGUCUGUCCGAGUUCCCGUCGUUUAACGACCCUUCAGUCCUGGCGGAGGAGGAUGAGAACCUGGGGAUUCCGCCGGGCAUGCAGGACAUCAGCCAGGAGGAACACCAGAGGGAAGCUGCGGAGAACAUGAUAUUCGACCCCACCCACUUCAACGGCGAGGAGGAUGAGCCAGCGCGGCCGACUGCCAGGCAAAGAUACCGUCAGGGGCAGCAGCAGGCGACGCAAGCGGACGUGAUCGAGAUGGCACGGACCCAGAUCGUCAGGGAAGCGGCCACGACCGUGGUGCAACAGACGCUGACCGCACUGGGAAACAUGGCGACAAACUGGUUGGCUUCGGCCGCCGGGAGCGCGGAUCAACCGACGGGAAGCCGCCGCAGCGUGGUCGACGCGAGCGAACAGGACGUUAACACACAGCAGGAACCCAGGGUCAGGGAGCUGAGUCCUCAUGUCAGAGGCAACAAGAGAGAGACAGAGUUUUCUGAUUCGGAAAUAGAGGACGAUUUUGAGUUUCUGGACCAAGCGGACUUUGAGAGCUUUGAAGAACAGGCAGGGAAUUCACCAGAAGGGCCCAGAAGUGGAAGUAGUGGUGGGAACAGGGCUUGACAGAACAAACAAUAGUUAAACGUGCUCUUUAAGGUUAACCUUCUCCAUACUGACAGGUGCUGUGUCCAGUGCAAAUACAGGGGAUAGGCUACCUCACAGCAGGGAGAAGGUUAAUAAAUAUAAAUCAAAUUUAUUGAUCAAUUACCAUUUAUAGGAACAGUCAUCAAAUCGUAAGCAACAUUUGUGUGCUCUUUGUCAGUUAAGACGUAAAAAAUAGAUUUAAGGGUGGUUACUUCUGUUGAUAGUGCUGGAGAAUGUUUCCAUGGGUGUUAUGUUACAUCUUUUUUUUUUUUAAAUCUUGUUGAUGGUUGUUUGGAAAACUAUGAUAUCAAGUACAGUAACUGGUUUAUUUUGAAAAGAUGUAUACCUCACACAUUUAGUUUGCAUCAAAACCAAGAAAGUCCAGAACUAAAUUCAAUUGAAUCUUAUUAACUACACUUGUAUUUAUGUAUUCAAUGACUAUACAGACGUUAUUUAAAAUUACCAAGACAUAGAAUGACAAAUUUUCUGAAUGUUAUGUUAAGCUAACAGUUACCUGUGUGUACCAAAGGCAUAAAUGUUGUAUUUUGUACAGUGUAUAGAAAAAAAUGGAUAUGAAAGUCAGUGUUGUUGAGAAAAGGCCAGUGGACUGUCAGAUGAAAUGUAAAUGUGUGCUUGCUGGUUGGUGUUUGAAAAGUGAGCUGGUUGUCAGCUCUGCUAUGAUUGUGAAAGACAUUUGAAAGAAGUGUUGUCUUCUGAAAAGUGCUUUAUCAAUCCUUGAAAUAUAUAACUUACUACCGGUAAACAAAGCAUUUUUGAAGACAGGCUCUCAUAAAAUGUAAGACAUUGCAAUGAUUGUAGAAAGCAAAAGAAAUUUGAAACUACAGUAACCUAUCACCCUGAAUCAAAGAAAAAUGAGUUGCACAGUGAAAAAAAGACUACUAAACCUGUUACAGAUUAACUGUAGAAAUAUUUACCAGCUAAAAUGUUAUCAAAAAGUUCACAGAUCUCUUACUAACUUUGUUAUUGUUUGGGCACAGUGUAUGCAUCAGAUUUUAUAGCUACAAAA